UGUGGUGCUUCAUCUAGUGGCUUCCCGCUGGGAAGCCCGGCGGACUUCAUACAGCUGUCGAACGAUGCUGGCGCUCCCGUCUUUCAAGCAGCCCAGAACUAUCCGGAUGUGUCGUUCGCAUCGAGUUCCUUGUUCCACGCGCUGGUCACAGCCAGCCUGAAGCAGGGGUUCGUGCCCAGCGUGAUGAGGGCGCAAGACGCCGCCAUCGCGCUGGCGGUGUUCGGUCCAGAAGGCAGCCGGCUGAGCCUCGCGAUGGUGACGUCCGAGUUUGCCGCAGGCGAGACCAGAGAGGUCGAGGCGCAGCUGCAAUGGCGUCUGCGCGUGCUCUACCACGCCGCCCUGGUGGCCGUGGGGGCCGACCUGCUGCGGCGGCAGCCCACCGAACAGCUCAGGCGGCUGCUCUCGCAGCGCCUGUCGCCGGUGGCGCGCCACGUCAUGGCAGGGGAGGUCACGCCCGGCGUCUGCGGCCCGGUGCCGCGCCUCGGCCUGGCGGUCCGCGGCGCCUCGGUGGAGUGGCUGGCGCACGCCCCCGGCUCGCGCGCCGCCCUGGACGGCCUCGUUGCCUCCUGGCAGGCGGCCGCGCACCUGUCCCACGGCGGCCCGUUCCCUGACGCCGCGGCGGCGCUCUCCUGGGAGGGGCGGCUGGUGGCCGCCACGCCGGCGUGGUUACGGCUGGGCCGUGUGGACAGCGCGCUGCUGCUCGCACUGGCGGAGGAGCUGGGCCCGGCCACCUUCGCGAGCCCGGCGCGCACGUGGGCGCUGGAGGAGGCGGAGCACCUCUGGCUCCCCAGCGCCGCCUCGGCCGCCGCCCACACGGCGGGCGAGGCGCCCGGCGGGGAGCGGCCACGACGCCACCGGCUGGUCAGUGUCCGGCUGUACCCCCCGCCGGAGGGCGCCGGGGAGCUGGCGGGCCAGAGGCAGACGCGCUGCGCGAGCUGCGCGUCGGCCGCCGCCGAGGCCGCGGGGCCCGAGGCGGCCACAGGCCCCGCGGACGCCCCGCCAGCGACGGGCGCGGAGGCCGCCGUCGCGUGGAGGGAGGAGGCCUCGUUGGUGCUGUCGGUACUGGCCGAGGAGGGCGCGGACGGCGCCCCGGGCCCGCACGGCCAGGCGCCGCCGGUGGCCGCGCAGGACCUGGAGCGGAGCUCGCACAGGUGCGGCGCCAGCCUGCAGGAGCUCUGGCGCGGCCUCCGCGGCGGCGCCGCCGCGGCGGGCGCCUGGCUGCUGCUGGCGGGGCCGCAGCAGCUCACCGCCGCCGUGCUGCUCGACGAGCGCGCGGAGGAGGUGGUGGCGCUGCCGAGCCCCUGGCACGACGCGUGCGCGUCGCUGCCUUGGUGCUGCCAUGGCCGACGGCUGAAGGCCACCGCCGUGCGGAGGCUGCUCCACUGGAUGGGCGCGCUGCCGCCGUUGGGGCCAGGGCGCCCGCAGCAGUACGUCUGCUGCGGGCCGUACGCCGUGGGCGCCGCACGCCGAGAGGACGGCAUCUGCUGUUGGGGCAUCGUUUGCGCGAAGGAGGAGCCCCUCUCCGGCGCCAGCCCAGCCGCGCCAGGCCCAGAGCCUGGGCGGGCAGGCGGGGCGGGCGCCGCGGGCGGCGACGCCGUGCCGCACGCGCUCGGCGCCGCGGCCGAGGUGCUGCGCAGGUGUGGGACGUCCUCAUGCAGAUUGGGGCGCAGAACCGCGGGGAUUGAUGAUUGGGGAGGACCGGCCCGAACAGUUCGAGGCUGGCUCGAGAGGCUCCCGCGCUCGGGAAGCUUGAGGGCGGCUCUGGCCGAGCUGGCGGCGAAGACGUGA